UCAUCCCUCACAUUGACGUCACAACAUGUUCAUCUCACUGGGUGAUGGGAGAGUGGGUGUGUUUAACAAGGGGGACUUCAUUCAUAAAUACAAAUAGCUUUGAAAGCCCGAAUUAAAGAGAAGAUCUGAGAAUCGUCUGCUCGAGUUUUUUUUUGUCUCAUGGACCACAUGAAUUACAGUUAGGGGGGACACUCUCUCUGGCCUGGACCAUGAGCAAUGACUCUGCUGUAUGGAAAAACCUUACAGAACACUCCACAGAUGUCCCCGUGUCAUCAGGGACACAGAAUGGCUAUGUUCUCCUGUUGGUCCUCUUGUCCAUCUUUGUCGGGGGGACGCUGGUCCUGCUCUCUGUUCUUCUGAUUUUGUGUCGCCGCUGUUGUGAAGGUGACAGACGCCAUGCAUGGUUCAUUCUUUGCCUCAGGGCUAGUGAUGACGCUGAGAAAAGUAAUACCACCUAUAUUGAGGAGGCCCAGCCAGUGCAUGAGAUUACAAUUCGCGUGGAUGAGUCAGACUGCCUGUCGGCAGCCAGCUCCCACGACAUGGAGACCGAGCGUUUCCUCUCCACGGGCACCACUGGCCGCCGGGUCUCCUUCAACGAAGCGGCGCUCUUCGACCACAGCAAGAAGACCCAGGAGAAAGGUCGAAGGUACACGCUGACGGAGGGCGACUUUCAUCAUUUAAAGAACGCGCGGCUCACCCACCUCCACCUCCCUCCCCCCGCCCUGCACAUACUCACCAUCCACGAGUGUGAGUCAUCCGAGAACAGCAUCGCCAUGACAACGAGGCCCGUCGCCAAAUCCAGCCUCUCCAUUUUUCAGCCACCAGUAUGUUCACUGCCCCAAACUGCCCUGACCAGUCGGAGCCUCAGCCCCAGUUCUGCCCUUCCCGGUGAUGCUCUCAAUUCUGUUGUGGACAAGUUUUGUGAGAGUAUUACAACAACCGGUCCUGAGCCCUCCAGCCCCUGUCUAAUGGAGGUAAGAGGAGGAGUGGUUCGGACAACAGGCAUGAUGGGUAAUGGCAGAGAGGGUGCGUCUGCCUCAGUUACGGCCCUGUCGUCCCCUGGUGGGGCCCUGCAGGGACCCAUGCAACAGUUCUUCACCAAGCUCCGUCGUCACGCCAGUCUGGAAGGAGCAAGUCCUUACUUGAAGAUAAAAAAGUGGAAAUUUGACAGCAGCCAAAGAGCUUCAAGCCUAGAAAUGAGAGGCUCUCCCAAACGGAGGCACUUUCAGAGGCAGCGUGCGGCCAGCGAGAGCAUGGACCAGGAGGAUCACGACGCCCAUCAUAUCGACCUCAUCCAGUACAUCGCUCGCACCAAGGACGUUACCUACUGCCCCACCCGGCCCAGUCCACGUCUCCUAUCCCCCCCUUCAACACCCCCACCCUCCCUCGGCAGGUUAGAGGUGGAGGUGAUGGUGGAGCCCAGUAGCAGCAGAGCAAUGGGGCCGGGGGUGAUAGGCCUCACCUCCGAACCCCCUGAUGAGAGCUUUGGGAUGGGAUGCCAUCAAGAGAGCUUAGAACCUCAGACCUUGUACCGUGAUAUCUGGACUCUUCGUGCCUCGCUCGAGCGAUAUGUCUCCUCAGACCAGAGCAGCAACAAUGACAAAGAUUCGGUCCGUAGUGAUGCAGAAAGCGUAUGUUCUCUAGGGGGUAGGACUGAGAUGGGUGGGCUUCCUAGAUACCCUUCGCAGGAUAUUGGAGAUGAGACGGAUGCGGACCUGCCGAUAGACGAAGGGGUGGAGAAAAGACGCAAGCAGGAUAGUGUAGAUUCAGAAAAGGGAAGUGAUGGAGAAUCUGGAAACCGCAAGCUUUUGCAGAUGGACAGUGGUUAUGCGUCUAUAGAAGCCCCUUCUCGCGCUCCUGAGGAGCUGCGACUGUUCGGGAGCAGCAGCAGUAGUAGUAAAGACGGUUCGGCUGUGGAACGCAGGCAUUUCUUCAGUUCCGGACGCAAAGGAACCGUCUGCGAGAGCUUCGACACGGACAUCUUUGACGAGGAACUGGAGGAGGAACCCGCAGGUGCUAGCGGCGGCGUUGACGGAGUGGAAACCGGUGAGAGUGCGAUUCUGUGGUCACCUUACGGACAGAUGUUCACUCAGCGUGACGCUCAACCUCACCCCCCCGUCCUUUCUCGACGUGACUACAGCAUCGAUGAGAAAACGGAAGCUUUAUUUCACGAGUUCUUGCGGCACGAUCCGCAAUUCGAUCAGCAGGAGUCACCGUUGCGCUCUAAGCAUCGUUCCCGCGUACACCUGCGCAAACAGUGGCAGCGUUCCAAGCAGUACAGCGAUCCGGGUCAGCGCUUCCAAACGUCUUUCGACCGGUACCGCAUUCCGCUUCGACGCGGCGAAACAGUCAACUACCCUCUAGAGACUAGCUACCACAGCACGCUUCCGCGAAUCGUCAGCGCACCUGACGAAGAAAGCAGCGAAGGUGCGACCAGUACUCCGGAAACACCCAAAACAGAUCAGGACACUGCUAGUCAGGAUACAGCGACGGAUGCGAAAGAUGGCAAGACAGAAAUAUCUUCUAGCUCUGACAGCAGUGGAACCAUCAAUGAAAAGGAGGUUCUUGAAGCAUCGCAAGCAAUCACUGACACUGCCGCGGAGCAAGCAAUGGGUCGGGAGAACUCUAGUCAAGCAUUACCACCUCCCGAGCCACCUGAUCAAAGUAUACCCAAAACAAGCUACGGCCCACAGACAAUCACAGAAGAGCUAAGUGACAAACUAGCAGCUACCCUCGAUGAGCGACUGUACUCGGAUCUGCGCAAGACCCGGGAACAGACCGAUUGUAGUGCCGUGACAGUGACCAACACGUCACCCGAUCACAGUCCGGUGUAGCAUGUGGCUCCAUUCAUCACACACUACACAGAAACUGCAGGUUUUGAUAGAAGUUACUUUUGGGCUCUGAUCUGGAACAGGUUGGGUCAUCCACAUGAUGUUAGUCGUGUUGUACAGAUGUAUCUUCCAUGCCCAGAUAGAGAAAAAAAUGGAGAUUAAAGCUCAUACCUCACAUUGAUAGACAAACCAUGUCUUAAGCAAACAAAGUGUCCAUUGUCUUUGUUAUUAUAGCUCUCCAUUUAGCUACUUGUUGACUUCGAAAGCCAAUAUUUUCACUGCACUAGGUAAUUCACUGUGAAAUUGGGUGCUAUUAGAUUUAAGAUUUAUUAUAUUUCUAAGUGCAUGAAUUUUGUUGCAGUGUUGCAAUCUGGGUUUUUUUUUGCAUUCUGGAUGUCUAUUUAUGGUCCAGAUUAUUAUAAUAGUUUUAAAUCAUAAAGGAUGGUCCUCUUUUUAAAAAGCUGUUUUUUUUUGUUUGCUUUUGAGAUGUGGUAAAAUCAAAUACGAUUCAUAAUUGGCAUUUUCAUUUCUAUUAUGUAGCCGUUGUCUGAUUAUUAUUAUUAUUAUUAUUACGUUUUAUAAAUAAAAUUCCAUAAUCCUCAGCAUAAUUAAGAUAAACUAUAAAAAUUGCUGAUAUAUAUCCUUUAUUCCAACCUGGAGAUAGAUGGGAUCUUUCGAGUGGAAUUAGCUUGUCUCCUCCAAACACCACAAUCCCAAAUUAGCGAUCCAUUAUUAUGUGUCACUGACUGUCUUAGAAAAGUUUUAUUUUAUUAUUGAAUUUGCUUAAACUGCCUCUUUGUGUGAAACUGGUAUUUUAAUGACUUUAUUAUUAUUAUUAUAUAUUUUAAUUGUAUAAUUUGUUGUGUACUGUUAUUUGAAAAUGAGAAAUUAGAAUAUGUGGUGCCAAAUUGUAAGGAAAUAAUUAAACAUCAAACACUGCAAGCAACAGCUGGGGGAGAAAGGUUAUCUCUGUUUAUAUAAAUAGAUAGCGAUAUAGGGUUCGAAUCAAGCCUUUAGAGACAUUAUUUAUGAAUGUGUGAGAAAGGCAUGCCUUUUCUUGCAUGUAUUUCACAAAAUGAUCCCUCUUCUUAUUAGCAUUACUUUUAUGUGAAAAUUACCAUGAGGAUAAUCUCUAGAGAUGGUCUGCAUUAGCUGCCAUCGGGAAAUAAUGGACAAAAGAGACAUUUAGAGUGACUCCCACUGGCUGGCAUGGUUGUGAAUCACGCUACAACAUUCAACACAAUACGAAUUAUCCAAUAAAACUAGAUGCCUAAAGUAUGAAUAACUGAAUCUUGAGCUCCUGUUAAAAUACACUAAAAAAAUAAAAGCUGGAUUUACUUAAAAAUAUAGUGCAUCAUUUUUGCAUCCUUUUUUUAAGUAUUACAUGAAAUUUCAAGUAAAACUUACUUAAAAAAGUGGAUGCAAAAAUUAUGCACUACAUUUUUAGAUAAAUCCAGUGUAUUAUUUUUUAACAGUGUAAAUAGUGUCAGUCACCGCUCUCAGUUUUAUAUCUUUAGGUUUGAUGAUCUCUAAGCCAGUGGUUCUUAAACUGGGGGCCCUAUGAUGGUGCUAUAGGGGGGCCCCAGUUAAAUGACAUUUUAUAAAAAACAUUAAUUUAUCCAAAUUCUGAGUAAUUAAACCUCAUCACCAAUUUAAUAAGUUUUGUUUAGCUAAAAUUUUAAGUUUUGGAAUCUUUUAUGUCAUAAAUUUUCUUUGGGGGGCCACAAACGGAUGCACCGUACACAGGGGGGUCGCACGCUGAAAAAGUUUGAGAACCACUGCUCUAAGCAAUUCAGAUUCACAUCCAAUUCACAUUUAUUACUGUGAUGCCUUUACGCUCAUUGUUCAAUUGGAGACCCGAGAGGCCUCUUGAUGCAAUAUAGCAAAGCUGUUUAGCAUCUGUCAGCAUUGUCUACAAAUACUCACCCACUGUUAUAAAAUAUUUUUUGGUUCAACUUUAAAAAGUAAGUAAAAAUUUUUAGUUCAUUUACAUUAAAAAUUUGAGUUGACUAAAAAAAAUUUCAUGUUCAAAUGUUUGAAUCAACUCAAAAUUUUUAGGUACUAAAAAUUCAUUCAAUUUACUACAUUUUUUAAGGUAAGUGGUUGCAAUUAAUUUAUUUAAGCAACAUUAAAACAAAUUUAAUUUUUUUUAUUUAAUUGCAAUCUUACAAAUGCAAUCACUUUGCUUACAAAUGCAAUCACUUAACUAAAAAAAUGUAGUAAAUUGGAUGAAUAUUUUUUUUCAGUGUGUAAAAAAUCUUUUUUUUUUUAAUCUACACUAAGAAAUUCCGUAAAAAACUGUGAAAUUUUGGCAGCUGGGGUACGGGAAAAAUACAGUAAAAUAACCGGCAGGAUAAAUUACAGAAAUCUUCCGUAAUACAAAAAUACAGUUUUUUUUCUCAGAUUUACAAGUCAUGUCAAAUUACUAGACUAGAGCUUACAUCUCUAGUCACGAUAAAUAAUAGUAAGUUGAAAUAACUUAAAAAAAAUUAAGGCAGCAAAUAAUUUUUUACAGUGCAGGUAACUUACAUUUUUAAGUUGAACCAACUUUAUUUUAGCAUUGUGCCAUUUUAAAAGCAGUAGCCCUUUUAGGGCAAUUGUUUGAGCUUUUAAGUAGCAUGCGAAAGGCUACAAGGACAAUGCAUUUUGAAAAAAUAAAAUAUUGUACGGUUUAGGCUGCAACUAAAGUGCCCUAUUCAGAGAGAAAAUAUUAAAAUGAAAGACCUUCAUUAUGCAGAUGAACAAUGACUGAUGAAUUACGAAAAGAGAGAAAGGUAGCUUUGUCACAAAAGCUUAUAUUGUUGAUUGAUUCUAGCCUAAAUGAAACAUCCCGACCACCUCACAUUAAUAAUACGGUGCCUUCCUGUGUGCUUAAACAUUAAGAGAGCGGGAUCUCUGCAGAGCACUUAUUUCUUAUCACCCGAGGUUAUUAAAAAACAGAAAACAAACAAAAAGCUUUCAUUCAUGAUGUGCAAUGGAAAUCCAAACACAAAUCUGGUCUUUUGUUUUCAUUGCAGUGUUGAUGCAACAUCCAAUAUGUACAAAGGAUAAAGUAGAGCUGUACUGUAUAUAAGCACAAUCGUGUCCCAUUCCAGAACUAGAAUAGUGAAUGUCUUGGAUUUGGCAUUAACAUAGCUGGGACUUUUGGGUGAUAUGUGCACAAUCAAAUAGUCUGUCUGUAGAUGGAUUACUGUGUAUAGAUUUGCAUGUGAUGACAAAUUUAGCAGAAACAAAAUUAAGGAACCAAGUAAGAUAUUUUUGUGUGAACUGGAAAUUUACAAGAGAUACGACAAUAUUUUACGAAGUUAUGCUUUUCUGACUGAUAAGACUUUGGCAUAUUUCAGUGGAUAAUAGUAUAUUUCAAAAAUAUAUUUAUGUGCCAGGGAGAAAAAAAAUCUGCUUCAUCUUUUAAUAGUUAUUUUACGAAGAAACGAAUGUGUGAAUGAAAAGAGCAAGAAGCGUUUACUGAAUGUUUGUUUUGUUUACCUUGAUCUCUUUAUUCUAGAUCUAUUGAGCCUUGAGGGACCAACCAUUCUAAACAUUUAUUUUCAUGUUAUGUUUUCCGACUAGUCAAUAAAGAAUGAUGCAUUAUAACUUGCC